CACUGAUAGGCGGUACUGAUAGGCAGCACUGACUGGCACUGAUAGGUGGCACUGACUGGUGACACUGAAAGGCAGCUCAGAUGGGCACUGAUAUGUGGCAUUGAUGUGCAUUGGUAGGCACUGAUAUGUGGCAUUGAUGAGGCACUGAUGAGCACUGACAGCUGGCAUUGAUGGGAACUGACAGGUGGCACUGCUGGGGCUACACUGAUCAUCAGGGCACACUGAUCAUCAGUGCCCUGAUGAUCACUGUCAGCGUGACAGCUUGUAAGGAGAGAAAUGCAGAUAACCGGCAUUUCCCUAUUUACAUGCGAUCAGCUGUGAUUGGAACAGCUGAUCAC